UUAUCGCGUCCCUGAACUCCCACGAUCACAGGCUGCAAUCCAGGAUACUCAUGCGGAUCGGAUUAUUCUUGUUAUGCAAGCACUUCAACCCCCACCUCUACUACUUCUACCGACCCUCCCACCUCCACUACUUCUACCGAACCCCCCACCUCUGUUGCUUGUACCAUCCCUCCCACCUCCACUACUUCUACCGAACCCCCCACCUCUGUUGCUUGUACCAUCCCUUCCACCUCUACUACUUCUACCACCCCUCCCACUUCGACUACUUCUACCACACCUCCCACCUCUAUUGCUUGUACCACCCCACCUACCUCAACUACUUCUAUGACUACUACCACGACUACUACCACGACUACUACGACUACUAGUACCACUUCUACCACCCCUGCCUCUACCACCACCACCACCACUACCACCGCCUCUACUACAACCUCCACCACCACUACCGCCUCUACAGUCACCUCUAUGACGACUACUACCAUCCCGACCUCUACAACGGCCUCUACUUCAUCGAUAACUCCGGCACUGCCGACGAUCUACUUCGGGAAUGUCCGUGGAAUAAAUGAUGCGGUCACUCGGAAUAUAUGUGAUGGUUUGAGAAAGCGAGGCAAAGGGGACUCGGAAGUUUUAACAUAUGCCCAGCGAACCGAGAGCCAAAAGAGAACGAUUCACAAUCAAGCUGGAUGCGUUGUUAGCAAGUGCAAUUCAACUGCCACAGGCCUCUCAUGCAAUGAGUACCCUUUUGUAUCCACGCAAGAAGGGGUUACCGGUACGCAAAUUACAUGCGUCCCUGCCUUCCAGAAUACAUUCCAAGGAACCUAUCUCAAUUAUUUCAUUUCCCAAUAUCAUAUUUCGGACGGCACGAAGUUCCUUGUCCAAGCAAAUUGCAAUCAAUUGGCCAAGCGUGUUUCGGUUGAGGGAUCCGGCUCAAGUGGAACGCUACUACCACCUUUCGGCUUAACCUCGGAUAACUCUUCUGGGCAUGUUGUACUCCCACUUGGUGAUCUGCAAGCGGGGGAUUACACGACACAGACAGCAUCUGACAAACUUGCCGGCGUCGCAGGGAAUGUCGCCAUUUAUGAUUCGGAUGGCGCAAGUUUUUCUCAAGCGUCCAUUGGCAAGAAUGGAGAUAACUCUUUGGCCUUCACCCUCCACCAAGAUGGGACAGGAUUAGGUGCCGUGGUCUCACCCCAAUCGCCCAUUAGUGGGAACAUAUCAGUCCGCUACAACUUCACCGGUAACCUCUUUCCUCCAAUCAAAGGUGUUAGCCCUACACCCAACCAUCCAAACUUGAUGGUCUUUUUCGGAGCGUUCAUUGUACCGGUCCUUCCUCUGGUUUGGCUAUGAGAUCGCCUACACCUCGUUGAGUAUUGUCAUUUCUUGUGUUACUCUCCAACUUCUGGAGACUUUGUGAUUUUGUGACCUACGUCUAAACAACGAACCAGGCAUA